GUCCGUGACGUGGAUCACAUGACUGUGACGUCAUCGACACCCAACUUUCAUUUCAAGUGUUUUAUGGGAAUGAAAACUCCUGCGUGCUGAAAGAUGGGAUGUUGUUUCUCCUCUCCCGAUGGAGAGGUUGAGAGAGAACCUUUGCUUCAAUCCAGCAAUAAAACACAAACAGAAUCUGCAAGACCACAACGACCAGCAGCUAAUGAAUCUGCAAGACCACCACGACCAGCAGCUAAUGCAGAUGGAGUUCAGAAGAGCGGCAGCUUUACUGCUCGUCGUGUUGGCGUUCCCGGCCUCGAUGAGCGUUUCACUGACGUUGCUGAUACUUUCAACAAACAGCAGGACAAUUAUGAAACAAUGAAGAACCAGCUUCAGACUCUUUCAAGCCACUACCACUGCCCAAAUAACGACAGUCUGUCUCAAUGCCUGAAGAAAAUCAAGGAGAAACAUGAGCUCUGCCACAUCAAUCUGGAGGUUAAAGGAUACGACUUCAGUCUGAUGGUGAGAUCAGAGGCCGAGAUCCCCAGCAAACUGAAGCGGACGCAGGAGAACGUCACCGAGCUGAGCCGAGCCGCCAAAGCCAUCAUCUCCGUCAGCACUAAACUCAACGAAAUGAUCGACUCGCUUCUGAGAGCCGAGGACAGCAUGAUCAAUCAGGUCGAAGCUGCUGAAUCCAGACACCAGGAGCAAAGGAGGCUGGUGGACAACCUGCGGGAAAACCUCAGAGAGGCUCGGAGAGCCAAAGAGCUGAGUCCGAAGUACAGGAAAGAGGCUGGAAAUCUCCUCAAUGAGGCCGCAUUGCUCUCUGCAAUCACACCGUGAACUGACUUUGUCUCUUAGCUAUUAGCAAAUAUGAAGGAUUCUAUACUGUUAAACAGUGAAGAGAAGACUUUAUCUCAAAACAAAAGUGAGAAAUUGCAAUGUUGCAACUGCACAUAUACAGUGGCAGUACAAAUAUACAAGAUGCAUAAAAUAAUAUUAGAAUUAUAAAAAAACAGAACAUGCAUAA